AUGUCAAAACCUUCUGCUAUUCCUAAAACUAAUGAGUCUGCAAAAUCAUCUCGAUUCUAUAAAGAACGACAGGGUGAAUGUUCUAUUUGUUCAGAACCUAACAGUAACUUGGUCAAUAUCUCCAAAAACUGUACACAUUUGGCAAACUCCUGCAUUCCAUGUUUGACACAGAGUAUUACUACUGAUAUUGAAUCGAAAGGUUCAUAUACAUUUCGAUGUGCGAUGCCAGCAUGUAAUGUCAAAUUUGAGCCAGAAGAAUAUUAUCAUUUACUAGACAAACGAUUAACGGAUAUAACAGAUAAUCUCUUGUUACAUCGUACUCUUGAAGCUGAUGAAGAGUUCAGAUGGUGUAAAUCAAGCAAGGGAUGUGGAGCUGGACAGCUCGUAUCCAAUCAUAAGGAUCUACUUGGUUAUUAUACAUGCCAUGCUUGUCAUCAAAUGUUAUGCUUUCGCCAUUCAAUUGAAUGGCAUACUGGUUACAGUUGCGAUGAAUUCGAUAAGGAACGAGCGCAAAAUGAUGAUUUAGCUUCUGAUGUAACUGUUCUGGCUUAUAGUAAAAAAUGCCCUAAUGAAGCGUGUGGUACUCCAAUUAUGAAAUUAGAAGGAUGUGAUGUUAUGACUUGUUGUCGUUUUGGAUCUCAUGCCUGUAUUGAAUCAAAAGGCGAUUGCGAUCAUGGAGGACGAAAUUAUUGUGGACAACGAUUCUGUUGGAGUUGUCUCGAAACUAUUCAAAAAAGCAAAUUAUUAUUUGAUGGUGUACAGAAUAAGCAAAUAGCAUCUGACCAUAAUCAAAGCAAUGAACCAACAUUGAGAUCGAUAUCAACUGAUUAUGAAAGUUAUCAACAACGAUUUCCAAAUCUCCAAAAGUGUAAAUCAGUACCAGGUGAUUCAAACAAGAUUGAAGGAAUUUUUCAGAACAAGGAAUCGAUUUCUAACAGUAUGUGCAAUAUUAAUGAAAAAAUAUCUAAAUCUGAACAAUAUGAAGAAAAAGAACCCAAAUGCAAUGAUCACUCUUCGAUAAUUCGACUUCUCAAACCAAAUUUUGAAGGUAUACGUAAACGAAUCGAGUUGCUGGGUGAAUUGAUUUCAAUUCAGCGACUUGAUUCAAUACCAGAUAUCUACGAUGAAAUGGCGCAGAUAAUUGCAGCUACCGAACGAAAUGAACGUCUUCAAGCAGGUCCAGACGGAGAACGUCUUCUUGAAUUGACUACUGCAGCACGAAGUAAUCGAAAUAUUGAUUUGAACAAUUUAGAUGCCGAAAUACAACGUCAAUUUGGACUUCAUUCUGUUGAAGUCACUGGUGAUGGUGCAUGUUCUUUUCGAGCCAUACUUAUAUCAGAAAAAAAACGAAUAUUAUCUCGACAUUUAGGCAAACAACAACCUGAUUUUUACAACAGUGAAAUGCGUGACAAAGCUAUUCAACAAGUUUUAGACGAUCAAUCAUAUUAUUCAACUGUACUACGACCUGGAGAAAGAGUAAGCGAGACAGAAUUAAAAAACUGGGCAGAUUCGAUGCAUGAUCCAAAUACAUAUGGUGAUGAAAUGGCAAAUAUAGCUGUGGCUGAUCAUUAUCAUAUUCAAUUAGUCAUUUUUCGUGCUGGUGAACUACUUACGGUAGUCAAUCCACGCGAUGGAUGUGUUGAAUAUACAGCUUUUCUCGUCAAUGUUGGUACACAUUACAAGGCACUUGUACCUCGAUGCGAACUAGACGAGGCGCGAAAAAACUCUGAACGUCUAAAUAAAUAG